AUGUCUGUGAAUGGGCAUGUCGCUAUCAUCCAUCCAUCCAUAUAUGUGCAUAUGCGGUUUGUCGAAUCUGGCAGGACGCGAAUGAAACCCGCUGGCCGUGAUUCGUUCACUUGCGACAUUUUCCUCCCUGGCCGCACCGUUGCUGUGCAAUAUCAGCAGAUCAAAAGGCAAAAGCAAAGUGACAUGUGUGGAAGGCUUUCUGGGGGCUGGCCUCUCGGAGCCUUCUUCCCGAAUCGUUCCUCAUGGGAAUUUGAAAUUGAGCUCUGGUGGCAUGAAUGUGUUCAUGAUACUUGGAAAUUCUUGCCACCAAGGCUCUUCGCUAACUACAAGGCCACUACGGGGAGGAUGGAGGGCAUUGGACAACAGCUGGUUGAUCCUCGAUCAUCUCCAAUUUAA